GGAAGAGAGAGGGGGGGGCAGAGGGGUUUGGUUUCACCAAGCGUCAUACAUGCCAUGCCAACGUGAUGCGUCACUGUCAAGCACAACACAGCACAGCACAGCACAGCACAGCACUCCUCCCCUAUAAAAACCAAGAGCGUUAACUGCGAGGUGGUUCAGUAUCUCAGAGAUCAGCACUCAAAUCUCUCUCUCUAACCAAAUGACAAUGGCAAUGGCUGCUCCUUCAAUGCCCAAAGCAGGCGGUCUGAGUCCCCUCUACUUUCGUGUCAAAGAAUGCCCUCUUUCCGCCUCCAGUUUGAUCCGUCACAAGUUGAGCCAAACUCUAUUUGCUCCUCAACUCACCCUCCCACUCAAACGCACAACCACAAAUGCGUCUCUUCUUCCUAAAAUUGUAGCCCAAACUUCUCCAAAUUAUGUGCCGGAUGCCAAGUUUUACAAAGUGGAAGCCAUUCUGAGGCCAUGGCGAAUCCCAAAGGUUUCCUCGGCCCUGCUGAAAAUGGGUAUCCGUGGCGUUACAGUUUCUGAUGUUAGAGGUUUUGGAGCUCAAGGUGGUAUGACUGAGAGGCAGGCUGGCUCUGAAUUUUCUGAAGACAAGUUUGUAGCUAAAGUUAAGAUGGAGAUUGUGGUGAGCAAAGAACAGGUUGAAGCAGUAAUAGAUAAGAUAAUUGAAGAGGCAAGGACUGGAGAGAUUGGCGAUGGCAAAAUUUUCCUGGUGCCUGUCACAGAUGUAAUAAGAGUUCGCACAGGUGAGCGCGGAGAAAAGGCUGAGAGGAUGAUGGGAGGGCGAUCUGAUGUGUCCUCUGCUGCGAGGCAUUUCUAAGUUGCAAUAUGACUGGUGCAAGUUUAGCAGUGUACUACUUACAUAAAAAUAGGAGACUUUCUAGUUUCUAUAUGUAAUACCUGCUGUGCUGCUCUGCUCUGCUCUGCUCUGCUCUGAAUGAGAAUAAAGGCCGGACGGCCGGGACCAGUCUGUGCAACUUUGGUUUUAUGAGAAUAGAAAGAUAAAACUUGGAAUAGUACGUAGCUGCUUUGUCUUGUUUGAUA